GCUUUGUUGGGAUGGGGCAACACAACAUAAGGGUUCAGCAACAUCGAAUUAUAAACUGAUCUUUUGAACUCCUGGCCUAGAUUACCAACUCCAUCAUAUCUCCUUAUCUAACCUUUAACCAUGAGGCAAAAUAAUACAACGGAUCCUCCGCCGAUCCUGAUCAUCGGCGCCGGCAUUGCGGGGCUCGCGCUAGCCCAAGGUUUACGUCUCCGUUCAAUUCCAUUCCGCCUCUUCGAGCGAUAUCCCCAGUCACGCAGUUCGCAAGGCCACCGUUUUCGCAUCUCAAAAGAUGGCCAAGCCGCUCUUGACAGCGUUUUAUCUCAUGAACUUCAGGACCUGCUUCGACGCACUGAGGCCGAAAGGUAUCGCUUCGAGCCGCGAUAUGUAGAUGUCAGGAAGCUCGAGUUCGCGAAACAGACACCGAUAGACCCGGUCUCCAUGCCCGUGGACAGGGCGUGGAUCCGUCUAUUACUUGCGCUGAACAUUAAUGACGCCAUAGAGUACGAAAAAGAGUUCGCAUCUUACAGGGUUAUCGGGGAUCAAGUUCAAGUUAGAUUUGUGGACGGAUCGACGGCGCUCGGACGGCUACUUGUGGGUGCAGAUGGCAUUAGGAGCCGCGUGCGCACACAACUUCAGCCCGAUCGCAAGCUGCUUGAUCUAGAACGCUGGCUCAUGUGGGGUAGAACUCCACUGACUGACGAUCUCAAGAAAGAUGUACCAAAAGAUCUGCUCAGUUGGUGUAUGUACCAGGAUCAGGAAUCGAACGUCCAGAUCAUCGUCGAUCCUAUGAUGUGGUCGAAAAGCGUCCGUCAAGAAUCAAACGCAAGGCUACCCGACUUUCCCGGCUACGUCUACUGGGUCGUUUGUACGGCGCCUUUCCAGUAUUCGAAGGUUUUACCUAAGACGACGGGCGAGAAAAGGCAGUUUCUAGACCGAAUAACUGAGACAUGGCACCCUGCUCUGAAGCUCUUGCUAAGCUCAGCUAAUCAUGACCUAACCUCCUGCAUACCCGUUUUAUCGAGCAAACCGGACAUUGGAAUAGGAUCGGCUAGUCAGACCGGGCUAGUUACACUCAUCGGUGACGCAGCACAUCCCAUGAGCCCCAUGGGUGGAUCCGGUGGCGAUACUGCUGUUCGAAGUGCAGCAGAUCUGGCGUUGACUAUUGCUGAAAGAGGAGUAACGAAGAGCAGCAUUGCAGACUUCGAAGCAAGAAUGGAGGCCAGAGCAAAAGAGAGGAUUGAGCAUUCUUUCAAAGGUGGACAGAAAUUUUGGCGGGGGAAAGACUGGACUGAGUAUAACGAAGUUGACAUUUAAAGACCCGUUGCCUUUAAUAAGAGCGUUUGAAUAGUAAUAGAAGUCUGCACAGACCGAAUGGAUAUCAGACAACUUAAGGCGACAGCAAGCAUAUAACAUAAACACACAAC